ACUACCUCCUCAGCAAGCAGAGCCGUUUGCUCAAUGGGACCACCUCCCGGGGCAGCCGCGCUGCCUCCCCCAUGGGCCGUGUCAUCCUCAUCAAUGCCCCCAUCGAAGCCAGCAGCAAUGAGAGUGACAUCAUCAAUGCCAUCACGGUGGAGAAGAGUGUGGACGGCAAACUGGGCUUCAGUGUCCGUGGCGGCUCCGAGCAUGGGUUGGGCAUCUUUGUCAGCAAAGUGGAGGAGGGCAGUGCUGCCGAGCAGGCCGGGCUGUGUGUUGGUGACAAGAUCACAGAGGUGAACAGUGUAAGCCUAGAGAACAUCACCAUGAGCAGCGCUGUCAAGGUCCUCACCGGCAACAACCGCCUCCGCAUGGUGGUCCGGCGGAUGGGCCGUGUGCCAGGAAUCAAGUUCUCCAAGGAGAAGACGGCAUGGGUGGACGUAGUGAACAGGCGCCUGGUGGUGGAGAAAAGCGGCUCAACACCAUCGGAGUGUGGCUCCGAGGAUGGGCUGCGGCGCAUCGUCCACCUCUACACCACCUCUGAUGACUACUGCCUGGGCUUCAACAUCCGUGGAGGCAGGGAGUUUGGCCUCGGCAUCUACGUCUCCAAGGUGGAUCCCGGGGGGCUGGCGGAGCAGAACGGCAUUCGGGUGGGAGACCAAGUCCUUGCAGCCAAUGGAGUCAAGUUUGAAGACAUAAGCCAUAGCAAGGCAGUGGAGGUGCUCAAGGGGCAGACCCACAUCAUGCUCACCAUCAAGGAGACAGGCCGGUUCCCUGCCUACAAGGAGUUGGUGGCCGAGUACUGCUGGCUCAGUCGCUUGACCAAUGGGCAGCUGCAGCAGCUGUCUCAGACCUCGGAAACCAGCUCCUCCAUAUCGUCCUACUCCUCG